AUGGCUGGCCGUGCGCUGCUGUUGGUGUGCGCCCUCUGCGCGCUGUGCUGCGCCGCCGGCGGGGGCUGGGCGUGGCAUAUGGACUACUGCAAUGAGACGCAGUGGACGUAUUUGAAGGCGGUGAACUCCAGCAAGACUUACACAGAGCUUCUGGACGAGUUCUGCGGUACAAAGAAGGAGUUUGUGGAAAAGGUGAGGGCGGAGGCGGAGAAAGAGGACGGGGUUGUGCGUUCGGGGCAUGGCGGUGCAGGCGCCACGGGCAGCGCCCCCGUUUCAGCGCCGGGCGCCGCAGUUGGUGCCGUGACUCCCGACCAGAAAGUCUCAGAAAACGGUGAAAAACUAAAACAAGCGCCACCCCCGGCAGAAUCAUCGAGAGGUUCCGCUGAGCAUUCGGAGUCGCAGUUACCAGACGGAAGAGAAGGAAGAGAAGAAGUUUCGCCACAGGGCGGAUCGACAGAAGCCAGCGGAAAAGGGACGGUGGACGCAGCGGCUGGAAGUGCAAAGCAGUCAAGUGCGCGCUCUACUCCCACAGCCGGGGGCGAGGGUGUCGUCAGCGGGCUGACUGAAGGGCGGCCGGCGGGGAAAGCCGGCGAGACUGCGCCGCCUGAGAGCACGGUGCAACGAAACCCGGUUCAGCACGACAAUACCCCCGCCGCGGAGGGAACUGCAAAAACAUCACGGGACACUGCGGGUGGCGAGGGAAGUAAUAACCCCGGGAGUGACAGCGGCAGCGGCCCCGCGGUGCAGCCGCAGCCGCAGCCGGGGAGUUCAGUGGCGGCAAACGAAGCUGGCGACGCAGAACAAAAGGAGCAGUCCGCAGUGCCCACCUCCAAGCAGGAAGCAGAAACGAGAGGCGGCGGCGAAAGGCAGGCCACUCAGCAGGCAGCGGGGGCGGCUGUUCAAGCGGUGUCCACCACCAACUCGACGAGUGCAACGAAGGCGGUGACCGGCGACAGCGACGGCAGCAGCGCCGCGGCCUCGCACUCCACCUCCCCCCUUGCGCUGCUCCUUCUGCUUGCGUGUGCGGCUGCCGCUACGAUGGUGGCCGCGUGA